UUCUCAGGCAUCGAAACGAGUUGCACGUGCGUGUGGUGUUAAGAGCAGUUAGGAAAGAUUGAGGUUAGACGUUCGGUAGUCAGACAGAAUUAGAGUUAGAGUCGGUGUUGAGCUACGAUUUGUUGGGCUGUACUCGUAACGCUCAGGACAAUGUCGAGGAAGCAGAACAAGUGGUGGAAUAGACGAGGAGAAAACGACCACCGAGGGGGAAACUAUCAGGAGCCGUAUUACUAUUAUUUUUAUCUGGCAGAGAGAUGGAAAAUCAUCAAAAAAGCCAAAGUCUUCGGGUGAAAGUCGCAGGGGUGAUAAUCUUGCUAAAAGGUUUCUCUCUUUUAACGAAAAAAAACAGGAAGACUCUCUAAGACAAACAUGAAGAGCAGGUAGAUUUUUCGUGGCAUCCUUUUCUGGGGGACCCUUUGGUGUUAAACAUACAGAGCAGGCCAUAAUGACCGAGGAAGAAAUACGGGACGGGAUGGUGGACCUCACGUCGGUCCCAUCAAGCAUCGCGUUUCGUUCAAGGCUCUCAAUAGACCAAACAAUACGGCUAUGUCGAGAAAUUUGGCAUUAGCGAGUUUAGAUGAGGGUAUUCCGAUGACCGAUUCUAAUAACAAUACCAGGCAGGUGAUAAUCAAUCAAAGGGAUAAUAGCGAUAGGAAUUGGAUGCUACCUCUUCCUUUGACAGAAUCCAAUUGGUAUAAAAUUAUUAUACCAUACGGUCAUAAAUACGAAAAAGAUUUUGUGAUCGAUAAAUUAAAACUAUCGAAUAUAAUGCUUUAUGAUUUUAUUCCAAUAAUGUACAAGAUAAUGGGGAAUAAAGCUAUUUUCUACGUGGAUGACCUGAAGACGGCAAAUGCAUUAAUGAAUUGCGACCGUAAGAUUCCAAUGUACAAUGGGUUUAAGUUGCAAGUGAAGGUCGAAUCAGGUUUCCUGAUUAACUUCCCUGCCUAUGAGAUUGACGAUAAGUUGAAAGACAGAUUGAAGCAAGCAAUGGCUAAGAGAUAUGUACAAGAGACAAAUGCUCUGAAUUUAAGCAAGUUCCAUCUUGAUCCGGAACUUUAUACUGAUUACUUUUGCGCAUUGUUCCAUCCCAAUACUUUGAUGACUGUAUUGGAUAUUGUAGCGCAAUAUGUUCCGAAUUUAGAGACACUAAAUUUGGAAGGGAAUAAGUUAUGGCAUAUUCAAAGACUCGGUGUGUUGGCUAAGAAAUUCUCGAAAUUGAAGAUUCUUUAUAUCGGCGAAAAUAAAAUUACUGACAUUCAUCAACUUGAUGCCAUUAAGGAUCUGAAGUUAGAUGAAUUGAAUAUGACUGGGAAUCCUGUCUGUAAUGAGUAUAAAUCUCGACAAAAUGAUUAUGUCAGCGAUGUACGACGACGCUUUCCAAAGCUGCUACGCUUGGAUGGCGUCGAAUUGCCACGACCGAUUGUCUUUGAUGUUGUUGAAGCCAAGAUGCCUCAAUCACAGAGGUUAUUUGUUGGCGAUGGAAAAGCGCAAGAGAUAGCUCAGUUUUUGCAAGAGUAUUUUAAAAUAUUUGAUAGUGAGAAUCGUCGAUCUCUACUUAAUGCGUAUGACGAACAUGCAAGCUUUAGCAUGACGAUAACCACUGACCACAAUAAUAAAUUGAAUGGGUAUAUCAGGGAAAAUCGAAACCUGUUCAGAAUAAAUGACACCACCAGACAGAAAUUAUUUAAACAGGGGAGAUUUCCUGUAAUUUCUUUUGUGUUAAAAAUGCCGCGAACAAGGCAUUUGUUGAAUACCUUUACGAUGGACACCUCUCUUGCUACACAAACGAUGACGUUCAUCACGAUAACGGGUUACUUCCAAGAACUCGAUAAUAAAGACGAACCAAUUCGUUACUUCAAUAGAACGGUCGUAAUCGUCCCGAAAGGCGAAGGGUAUUGCAUUCGAAAUGAGCAGUUGCACAUUAGUCAGCCGUCCGAGGCACAAGUGAAGCAACUGCAUCAACAGUUGAGUCGGCUAAAUAGGCAGCCAACCCAGCCGGAGGCGCCGGCGCUGGGAUCCGCGGAAGUAGCAAAGUCCAUAGUCCCGAAGCUUAGUAACGAUACAAAGCAGCAAAUGGCAGUGACAUUAAGCCAGCAGACAAAUAUGAAUCUGGAAUGGAGUUUGAAGUGCUUACAAGAUUUGCAAUGGAACUAUGACAACGCACUCUCAGCCUUUCAAAAGCUCGACAAACUUGGACAGGUACCAUCAGAAGCGUUUACAAAGUAAAACACGUAUGUGAGUAAAAAAAAAUACACUUGUUAAAACACUGUGAUAAGUAGUAUAGUUGAGAGUGCGGACUUCUUGUAAAAACAUCAAACAUCCGUUUAGAUUUUAGUUUAGUUAUUAAUUAUAUUAGUUUUUUUUUUAGCCGUUUCAUUGAUAAAUACACUAUGUGUUAAACAUAGGUUAUGUUAGUUUAGGUUAUAUGUGCAUUUGAUAGUAUGAUAAGACAAUUGGAUUCCUGAUAUAUUAAUUAAUAUAAGAAAUAUCGUAGUAAUAUUAGGUAUAAUAAGUAAUAUUUUGUUACAAAUGUUCGCUCUUCAGGUUUUGAUACAUAAUAUUAAAAAAAAUGUUCAAAAGAUAAAAAAGGAAGAAAAAAUUUAGUUAGGUUAGGUU